AUGGUGCUUGCGUUGAUCCAGGAAGCCGGCGACUGGCUCAACAAUUAUAUGGGCCGUUGGUGGUACGUAGAUUACAAAGGGCAGGCUCGCGCCGAAAAGAUGUUCCAGGUGAUUCUCGUGCUCUCUGGCGUUAUUGGCUGGAUUUACGGCUUUCUAACCGAAUCCAUGCAGAAUGGCAUGAUCGUUCUUGGCGGCGGUGCGGCCUUAUCAUCGCUCCUGACGAUUCCUCCAUGGUUCUGGCUGCGCCCUCAAGAAAAAGAACUCAAGUGGCACGAAGAGCUCGAUGAAGACGAUCCAAAACUGUAUCCAUCUUGGGAGAAGAAAGAAUGA